AUGAAACAAAAUAAUACAUCCUCAAAUUCGACGAGGUCUUGCAUCUUUAUAGAUUCAAGCAACCCAAACUCUCCAAAUCAAGUUGUGAAUCUCAAUUCACAACCUUUUAUCAAACCUGCUUUUCCUCCCACAGUUAAUGUUAGGGAGUUAAUGACUAAACAAUCUUCUGGUCGUACAUCAGUUCGCGGCCCAAAUGCCUUCAUCAUUUAUCGGAAGGUGUUUUUCGAAAAAGCACGGGACGACGGUUACCAAUUACCAAUGACUAUCGUAUCCUCGAUGGCUUCACAAUCUUGGGAGCAAGAACCUGAAAUCGUUAAAGAAUUAUAUAGGGAACUUGCUAAAGAAGCAAACAAAAUUCGAAACGAAAUUUCUCCAAAAUCACCUCGACGUAAAAAGAGAGAACAAUGGAAUAUUGUUUCUUUCCAACCCAAUAACAAAACCAAAAUGUCUAAAUCUCGAAGUUCUCGUGCUACACCUUGCCCAUUAACACCACCAAUGUCACCAACAGAAUCCAGUUCAAUAAUUUCGGAAAUGUCCUUUGAUGAGGCAUGCCCUAAAUCUUCUGAUCGAGAAGUCAAAAAUAGUUUUUCCAAUAUCGACAACAUCGACUCUAAAUCUGAAAUUGAAACCAAAUAUAUUCCAACUAAUGAGUUUGAUGCACUUGUCGGCUCAUCAAUUUUACAACAAUUGAAUGAGUACGAAUAUGGAUAUAAUGACUAUGAUUCUUCUACAGAAGCAGAACAAAUUACACCUACUACACCUACCGAAUUACCUUUGGGUUUCUGGCGAGGUUUACCAAACGAUACGCUGAUCACAACUAACGAUGCGAUCAUAUUUUCCAACACCGAGUCAGUUUUAGAUUCAACAAUAACAUCCAUUGAUGAUGGCUUUGGGAUCCCUAAUCAUAUGGACAUUGCUGCCGCGAACGGAUAUAUCUUUAUGAAUUCAGAAGAAUCUUCCUAUUUGUUGGAUUUGAUUCCAAUUAUGGAUAUUGCGGAUGAUCCUGGAAUAGUUUUUUCGUCGGACGGGUUGAGCUUUAAUAAUCCUUUUAUUUCUUUUUAA